GAAUUUCCAACUUCCCAACCAACCACCACCAUCUACAUUCACUUCUCAACAAUCAAAGCUCUCUCUCUCUCACAGAGUCACACACACUAUCAUAAUUUGAACUUAUCAAGUGAGCAAAAGAAGGGAGGAGAGAUGAGCAGCAGAGAGAAUCAUACAAUCGAGUCAGUCGGCGGCGUGAGCCUAGACGCCCGCGUCUACCCGGCGGAGGCGGAUUCAGAUUCGGAGCAUCCAAACGAUGGACUGGUUGCCGUUUUGGUGCACCCAUACUCCGUGCUUGGUGGAUUCCAAGGGCUGAUGAAGGGCAUGGCCUCGGGGCUAGCCAAUAGCGGCGUCACAGCUCUCACCUUCAACAUGCGCGGCGUCGGCAACUCCACUGGCCGCGCCUCCCUCACUGGCUUUGCCGAGGUCGAAGACGUCGUCUCCGUCUGCAAAUGGACCUGCCAAAAUCUCUCCGCCCGCCGCAUUCUCCUCAUCGGAUCUUCAGCUGGUGCUCCGAUCGCUGGCUCUGCUGUCGACAAAGUUGAGGAGGUUAUCGGCUAUGUGAGCUUGGGUUACCCAUUUGGAUUAACUGCUUCCAUUCUCUUCGGAAGGCAUCAUAAGGCCAUAUUACAGUCUCCAAAGCCCAAACUCUUUGUGAUGGGCACCAAGGAUGGUUUCACGAGUGUUAAGCAGCUCGAGAGCAAGCUGAAGAAUGCAGCCGGAAAUAAUCAAAUGCAUCUGAUUGAGGGAGUCAGCCACUUUCAGAUGGAAGGGCCAGCCUAUGAUGAACAAAUGGUGAAUCUCAUCUUACAAUUCAUUUCAUCGUUGUGAGGAGAGUGAAGCUAUUUUUGCAAAUGGAGUGUUCAUUGAUUCUUAGUGAAACAGGUUUUCAGCUUUGUUUUGCUCUAUCUGUGUAAUCUCUAUUUUUGUAUGCGGAUUAUAUUGUUUUGCUAAUUGUAACGUGAUUUAACAUUUUAUCGAGGAUGAUUGAUUGUCAUGUGUGAUUUGUGAAGGAAAAAUGAGAGAGUUAUUACUAA